GUCGACUUUGAGAUGACAUUGAGGCUGUGUAGAUGGGAGUUGAGUCUUUGCUUGUUGAUGUUAGACAGUCGCACAAGAAGGCAAAGCGGCUGCUGCCUGUGUUGAUUCAGCCUCUUCUUCUUCUUCUUCUUCUUCAUCCUCUUUUUUUUUCUUCUUCGUCCUCGUCUUCUUUUUUUCUUCCUUCGCUUGAUCCUUUCAGCACCGCUCCCCGGCUGGACAGCUCCGUCUCUUUGGACCCCGUGGACGCUGCAUGGUCCCUUUAAGGCUUUUAAUGGAAGUAAAACCUAUUGAUGUUCCAAGACACAUUGGGAGUUUACAACUUCAUCCACAGGAGGAAUCCACGCAGAUUUGUGGCAGGCUGCGCAUCCUCCACAUUCACUCCACGUCCACUGUUAACGGCGACUGACGAUCCGUGUGUGUGCGCGGGCUUCUCCUCCACACGUUCGCUUCCGAAGGUUCGGUGCGAAAACCGCGAAGCUGCUGUCUACGUGGACCGGUGCUGAAGCCUCCCGUCCGACUGCCAAGACCUGUGCCAAAGCCAGAGACAUGGCGACGAACGGGACCAAAACGGAUGGCCAAGUGACGGAACUGAACGAGGUGGCCGCCAAUAACGACAAACCCAAGUCGCUGGACGUGAAGCCCGAAAAGAAGAAAAAAGAGUUGCCUGAUAGAGAAACGUGGGCAGGGAAAUUUGACUUCCUCCUGUCGUGCGUGGGGUAUGCAAUUGGACUGGGCAACGUGUGGAGGUUUCCAUAUCUCUGUGGCAAAAACGGUGGAGGGGCCUUCUUGAUUCCAUAUUUUUUGACUCUCAUAUUUGCUGGGGUCCCCUUGUUCCUAUUGGAAUGCUCCCUCGGGCAAUACACCUCAAUUGGGGGGCUUGGUGUGUGGAAACUGGCUCCUGUGUUUAAAGGUGUGGGCCUUGCAGCAGCCGUCCUCUCCUUCUGGCUUAACAUUUACUAUAUUGUAAUCAUUUCCUGGGCUAUUUACUACCUGUACAACUCCUUUACUGCUGAACUUCCAUGGAGCUCAUGCAACAAUCCAUGGAACACAGACAAGUGUUAUACAAAUUAUUCCAUUAUCGACACCUCCAAUCUCACCAGUGCAGUUGUGGAGUUCUGGGAGCGCAACGUGCAUGAAAUGACCGAUGGCUUGGAAAAACCAGGCCAGAUUCGAGUGCCACUGGCAAUAACGCUGGCCAUCGCUUGGGUCCUCGUUUACUUCUGUAUCUGGAAAGGGGUCGGAUGGACGGGCAAGGUGGUUUACUUCUCGGCUACGUAUCCCUACUUCAUGCUCUUCAUUCUCUUCAUCCGUGGAGUCACCUUACCCGGUGCCAGGGAUGGAAUUCUGUUUUACAUCACCCCUGACUUUGAAAAGCUCAAACAAUCGGAGGUGUGGCUGGACGCAGCAACACAAAUCUUUUUUUCCUAUGGAUUGGGAUUGGGAUCACUUAUAGCUCUUGGUAGCUACAACCCAUUCAAUAAUAAUGUUUACAGAGACUCCAUCAUUGUGUGCUGCAUCAAUUCAUGCACCAGCAUGUUUGCUGGCUUUGUCAUCUUCUCCAUUGUUGGCUUCAUGGCACAUGUGACCAAAAAGGACAUUGCUGACGUAGCGGCUUCAGGUCCUGGUUUAGCUUUCCUGGCCUACCCAGAGGCCGUAACCCAGUUGCCUGUGUCUCCACUGUGGGCCAUUCUGUUCUUCUCCAUGCUGCUCAUGCUGGGGAUAGACAGCCAGUUCUGCACCGUCGAGGGCUUCAUUACUGCUUUAGUGGAUGAGUUUCCCAGAGUGCUUCGAGGCAGACGAGAGAUCUUCAUCGCCGUCGUCUGCCUGGUAUCUUAUGUGAUCGGACUUUCAAACAUCACGCAGGGUGGGAUCUAUGUGUUCAAACUCUUUGACUACUACUCAGCCAGUGGAAUGUGUCUGCUCUUUUUGGUCUUCUUUGAAUGCAUCUCCAUAUCCUGGUGUUACGGUGUGAACAAGUUCUACAACAAUAUCGAAGAGAUGAUCGGCUACAAGCCUUGUGUGUGGUGGAAGCUGUGCUGGGUGGUUUUCACCCCCCUCAUCGUGGCUGGGGUGUUCUUGUUCAGCGCCGUACAAAUGGUUCCUCUCACCAUGGGAGACUAUGUGUUCCCAGGCUGGGGUCAAGGAGUGGGCUGGCUCAUGGCGCUGUCCUCUAUGGUUCUCAUACCUGGAUACAUGAUCUAUAUGUAUUUUGGCCUCAAGGGAACCUACAAAGAGCGACUGAGAAUAAUGUUCCAGCCUCCCGCAGUCGUCAGGCGGCCGCAGGAGAACGGUCCCGAGCAGCAGGUGGAAACCAACACCGCUAACCUUUCCAGUCCUGCUAAUCCAGCCAACCCUGCUAGCCCGACCAACCCAGCACCCACCAACCCCGCCAGUCCAACCAGUCCAGCUCCGGUCAACUCAACCAGCCCUGUAGCGCCCGUUAACCCGACUCCAACGCCCGCCAACCCGACUCCGACGCCCGCCAACCCCGCUGCCGCUAGCCCUGUGAACCCAGCGACAAGUCCCACCAUUGUGACCACCAUCACUACCACCACCACCACUGCCGCGGCCAGUCAGGCCAUCCCCGCCAUCCCCGCCGCAACAACAAUCAGCCCAACCAGUCCGCCCCCGAACCCAGCUAACCCGACAGAGCCUGUUAACCCUCCACCCCCAGCAAGUGUGACCUCUAACCUGACCAAUGUCGAGGCCAACGUGUAGACAACAAAGAAACCCUCAUGGAGCAUGUAGACAAAAGAGAACAUUAAGGACUUCCAAGAUUUUAAUUGAUUCACCUACCUCCGAGGGCAAUACGUGAUCGAAACAGAUUUUCAAACCACAUUUCAUUUUCUGCAUUCCGAAAAACAUCAAAGACUGUUAGUGUGCACCGCUAAAAACCAUAAAUCUGAGUUUAAAAAAAUGUAAAGAUACUGUGUAAUACUGUGAGAAAAGAAAAAAAAACUAAAUAGAGAUCUAGAAUAGAGAUUUGUUGAAUAUCUUCAUGAAUCGAGUAAAUACCUGUGUGAAUAUAGUAGAUGAAGUAGUGAACAAAAUUGACAUCGCUGACGAGGGCAAGGGAUGGUGUCAAUUUUAUGGUGGAUGUUUACUAAACCUCACACAAGUUGUCUCCUUUUUCCAAAACGUUGUACUCUGUGAGGCAAAACCUGAGGUCAGAGCACUAUGGCACUAGGAGCUCUUGGGAAAGCACAAUGCCAAUAAGAAGUUGAUGUUUAGGAGCAAUCCAGUCAUGUUUUGUGUGAGAGAGACUGUUAUUUUUUUUUUCCUUCCUUUUGCAGUAAAAAAAAAAAAAAAAAGAGAAAACUUUUAUGUGAUGGAAAAAAUUUGUAGAAUUAUUUUUAGGAUGUUUUAUACUCUGUUAUUGAUGUGAUGGAGGACCAAAAUCAAUAGGCAGACAAAGCAAAAACUAUGCCAUUUUAGCGUCUGGUUGGCAGAAGCACAGGGUACGAAGAGGUACAAAAAAUAUAUAUAUAAAAUAAAAAAAAAAAAUAAAAAUUAAAAAAAAAAAAGCACAGGGUUAGAAAAAGUGAUUUACAAACAUCGACUA